CAAGCCCCGCCCCCAAUUUAGCAUAAUCUCACUCUUAACUUUUGAUAAAAGUUGAGAGGUCUGUUAACAACUCUGCUUUGGAUACACUUGCAUUACUGUAGUACAGUCUCUGGCUCUGUUUACACGGUGAAAACAGGUUUGCGUUGCCUUUGUACUCUCCAUUUACACACUACAAGGUUUAACUAUUGCUUAGGGGGGGCUUUCAGCUAUAGAGAUCCGGACCCCACGUGACUACCAGUGUUCGGGACACCAUUUUGGCAGUAAAAAUGACCAGCGCCAGCGCCGAAGCUUUCAAACCGUCGGAGUACUCAUCUCACUUUAAUUCGAAUGAUAUUGAGCUUUAUAUUAAAAAAUUAAAUAGAUUAAAUAUUACCGACCCAUACAAUGCCCCCGGGGUGCUUUUCACAAGUAUCUCCGCUGAAAAAGACGUCCCAGAUCUGCAGUAUCCGGAUAUAUACAACUAUCUGAUAAACUUUCCAUCGUCCUUCUCGGGUGACUCUCUAAAAGCCUACAAAAGUUUGGAGGGUUACAAAUGGACUCAGUCUGGCUUUGUAACGAACAUCCAGCUGUGGAAUCUUCAAGCAAAAAAUUGCUUUAUCAUCACUGGAAGGGUUAAUCAUUCCCAAAGGCUUAAUGACCCGCAGUUAAAGCCAUGGAUGGUGGUGAAGAAUGAUGGGGUUGUCUUGGGAGCCCACUGCAAUUGCACAGCUGGACUUGGUGAGAGCUGUUCCCAUGUGUCAGCUGUGUUGUUCAGCAUAUGGCAGCAUAACAGUGGCAGAAAUGAAGCGAUAGCUGUAACAUCUAAGAAGUGCAAAUGGGCCACCCCAAGUGAGGACUCUGUAAAGAAAGUGGAGUAUCAGCAGGGCAAGGACAUAAUUUUUAACAACUCUCAACAAUAUAAAAAAGGACAAUCUUCAAAAGGUCAUUCUGCCCCCCCAGCUUUCCCACCUCUGACCACAGCUGAGCAAGCCAAACUUUACAACAACCUCUCCCAAUGCCGCACACAAGAGGACCAGAUCAUCAAACCAGCAGUCCUGUCUGUUGUCAAAGAGUAUGCAGCAUCCUAUGUGCCAAAGGCUGUCAUGCUGGAUCUACCAGAACCCCUCACCAUCCUGUAUGACAAGCAGGCAAGAGACCUCAACCUGGCAGAGUUACAAGAUCGAGCAGAAACACUAUUUGUAGACAUAGCUGUGACCAAAGAACAGGUACAGAACAUAUUUAUUUUGUUUAAAAUAACAGGAGCUAAUAACUGAAAUCUAAAAGCUAUCAUGUACUGCAUGUGUACAGUCUGUGCCAACUUAAAAUGUUAUGUGUAACAGUUUUGAUCGUCAUGUUUUCAGAGUGAUAUUGUAGAGGAGGAGACCAGAGCCCAGUCCAAGUCCAAAAUCUGGUUUGAGCAAAGGAGUGGUAGGGUAACAGGAUCUACCUUCAGAGCAGCCACAAAGACAGAUGUCAGAAAGCCUGCAGUGUCUCUGAUAAGACAAAUAUGCUACCCAAAGUCCCAUAAUUUCACCAGUGAGGCUACCAGGUAUUCAAGAGCAUAGAAGGGUUAGGAUAAAAUAGGGCAUGCAGUGUGUAUCUGCUCCUAUGUGUAAAACUUUAAUUUCCAGAUGGUCAAGUGAAUGUGAUGUAUGUAAAAUAACAGGAAGGGUAAAUCCAGGAAGUACUAUUCUAAAAAAGCUGGAGUGUAAAACCAAGUAAUAUCCUUUUGAAAGUGCAGGGAGGUACAAACGUGGGGUGGCAUUACUAUUGUCCAAAACUAAUGUGUUUUUUUUUCAGAUGGGGAUGCCAGCACGAGGAAUUGGCAAGAAAAUACUAUGAAAUGCAGCAUCGCCUCUCACACACGGAUGUCAUGGUAGAAACAGCUGGAUUCAGGAUUUCACCCCUGCACCCAUUUAUUGGGGCCUCACCUGAUGGAUAUGUUUCCUGCAGCUGCUGUGGUUCAGGUGUCAUAGAAAUUAAGUGCCCAUUUUCUGUAAAGGACCUUUCUGUUAAUGAGGCAGUAGAUUCUGUUGCUCACUUUUGCCUUGAAAAAGAUGCGCAAGAAAAAAUUAGACUGAAGCGGGACCAUGCAUACUAUCAUCAAGUGCAGAUGCAGCUAUUUGUUACUGACAAACCAUAUUGUGAUUUCAUUCUGUGGACUUUAAGGGGAAGCACUUCACCAUUUGUUGAACGCAUCACACCUGAUGUGCAUUUCUUUCACAAAGAAUUGGAAUGUGCCCGUGACUUCUUUAAGAAAUGUAUCAUUCCAGAGCUGCUAGCCAAGUACUUUUCUGCGCCAAAACCAGCAGCAGCAGCUGAUCAUAGUCAACAACAGUGGUGCUACUGCCGUGAGCCAGAAGCAGGGAACAUGUUGGUCUGUGCAUCGGGUUUUUGUUCAGUUAAAAAGUUUCACCAAACCUGCCUUCCCAUGAAAAGGGUCCCAAAACAGUGGGUAUGUCCCAGCUGCCGAAAAGUAAUCAAUGCCCAAAAAACAAAAAAACCAGUGAAAUGUGUAAAUAGUAGUAGCUGAUACUGUACUCUUAUUUCUGAAUAAACAGUUGUUAAACCAGUAUUGUUCUCUUCCCCAUCAUUAGUAUUAAGUAUCUGUAGCAAUCAGGGAUAUGAAACACAGGUAGGUCAUUCAUAUCAAACACACCAGAACAAAUAUCUGGUUGAGUGGAAACUCAGUUAGAAUGGGUGGAUGU